AUAAUGUUCUUUUAAUUUAAUUUUCACAAGAAAUUUAUUCGGCGCUUAAAAAAUUUAUUGUGUUUACUAAAGAAAAUGGCAUUAGAUAAACAAAAGAUUUUAAGUGAAUUAGGAAGUGUAAUGAAUCAACUACAAAGUGCAGAUUGUGGUUGUAUGGGGAAGUUAUUCAAUAACAGGAGUUCGUAUUCAAACAUGAGUAAUUCAACACCAGGGACUGGAGAUUAUCGGCAAGGUUGCUGCCGCUGUCCUGGGUAUAACAGAUUCGGUUCAUCGUGUAGCGGGGAACCUAACUCCAAUGGAAUGCAGAAUAUGAAUCACUGUAUGGGUCGCUGUAAUCCCACAAAACUUUAUUCAGAUACUUAUCAAUAUUUAAAUUCAAAUCUAAUGCAACCGGUCGUACAAGAGGUAUAUAAUGAUUUGAAAUCUAUCACUCCUGCUAACACGAUUAUGAAUAACCCACCGGGAAAUCCUUUAAUGCCAUCUCAAGGGCAGACUAAUAUGUAUAAUCAAGGAGUUGGAGAUCAGAGCAGAGGUAUGGGAGGUCAAAUGGGCGGAAUGGGAGGUCAUAUGUCUGGAAAGGCGGCGCCCACAGCGGAUAUGGGUUCGAAUAUAGUUAACAUGAUGAUGGGUGGGCACAAACCAAUUGCAAAUGAUACGUCGAUGAGAGGCGGUAACUCUUUAACGCAACCGAUGGUUAUUGAUGCCCCUCAGUCCCCACAUGGUAAUGUUGGAGUCGUUCCUUUAUCCAAUCAAAUGAACGCUUAUCAAGCUAAUGACCCAAAAAUGCAUGCUAUGAAUAAUCAACAACAGUACACUAAUCCAGGACAUUUAGUAAGCCUAAUGGAAGGAGCAAGUCAGCCUCCCAUGUACGCCAAUCCUCAAGCGAGCCAGCCCUCGAUAUCUCCUACGCACGCCAAUCCUUUACUUACGAAGCCAAAUGUACAUAGCCAACAUGCCCCCGGUGUAAACAAAUUCAAUCAGAUGUUCCCUGGUGUAAUGCAGAACUUCGGUGAGGACUUAGGUUUUGAUCCUAUGGCAAUAGCAGUACAAAUGAAUCCAGCAAAUCAACAGAGGACUGCGAUUGACACUAUUCAAAAACUAAUGAGCGGUAAUACGAGAGGUAUUAAUAGAACGUCAAAUGUUUUGAAUCAAGGGCAGGUGCAAAAUGCUGCACCCGCUGACCAAACGGCUCAACCUACUCCACUCGCGACCCCAGUACAACAAAAUAAUAUCCCUACUGAUCACUCGAGCCUACCACAAUUGAAUCAACCGGUGUCCCAAAGACCGGAACAGGUGAAUUAUCAGUACGGUAGCGAAGGACGACCUCAACAGGUGUAUACAACAUUGACUUCGGAUCCUAACAAGCAAAUGGUACAACAGCCACAAUACCGAGAACCGCUUUUGCCUCAACAACCGCAAUAUAGUGCAGAGACUCCAAGAAAUGCAUUACAAAAUGUAUCAGGCAACGAGAAUGAUUAUGAGCCUUAUGGAAAUCCGCGGGAUCCUCACGAAGGUACUGAACUUCCACCGGUUCCUUCGUCGAUGAAAAUACAAAAAGUGCCAAUUUUCCCUGUCGAUUUGACUCAUACUAGGUCAUAUUCCCCUAUAAAGCGAACAGUCUUUUCGGAUCAUAAUCCUUUAAGUAAGGCUCAGUCACAGUCCCCCGUGAAGCGACUAGCUUAUUCAGAUUACAAUACUUUAGGUCAACCCAUUCUAAGGGUUUCGGCGAGCAGGUAUAUUAAGGAGGAUCCACCCCUUCCCCAGACACUAUCGCCGCAAGAUUCCCCUAAACCAAGAAUAUUUAGUAAUGUUAAAGCUACUGUAAGUAAGACUUCAAUCAUUAGUAUUCAUCGAGUCGGAAAAAAUCCAAGUAAAAGCCAAUUGCAACAUCUUUAUAACCAGUACAAAGGCUCUCAAUCUCUCACGCAUCAAAAUGCAGUAAAUAAUAACCAAGUAGCGUCUUAUUCCGAAGGAAAAUUAAACGUACCUCAGCAACAAGGGGCACGAGCUCAGCCGAUCAAACAAGUUGUAGAAAAAGUGGGCGGAGAUACUUUACAGAACACAACCAUUGAAUCGAACAACGUCGUCGCUGGUAAACAAGAACAAUUUGCUGGUCAGUUCGGGGACGUGCUUAGUAUUAAAAGAACAACUAAUGAAGAACGUUUGACACCAUCACCAAGGCAACGCAAGGGUAACAACGGCUUGCAAGACCAGGUUUAUACGUCGUAUCCAAAGUCUACGGCGUGGUCCUUCCACGGGCACCCCUAUUUGCCUACGCCGAUAGGAGCUCGUGCUAGAAAACGCUAUUAAUACAUUUGUGCUUUGUGGUUUCUGAAAUUACGUUCCGUUUUUAUUUAAUGUAAUUUAUACUGUUGAA